UCGCGGACGUCCUAGCUGUGCGUGUAUCAAUGAACCUGGAUACGGUUUGUGCUUAUCUGUGCAGUGGUAGUGUUGUGCCGUGCGUCUGUGUUGUUAAAUGCGUAAACUGAUAACUGGUUGGGGGCCGGCGACAUGGAAUCCCAACAUCGGGGGUGGAUCUACUAUCUUCUGUUGUGUCUCACUUAUUCAUACGUGCGAGGACAGUUACAGUACUUCCGUGUCCAGCCGAAGGACGUGAAGGUCCACGAGGGAGGCGAGGUGACUCUGCAAUGUGAGGUCGCGAACCGAGCAGGCUUCGUACAGUGGACCAAGGAUGGCUUUGCUCUUGGGUUCAGCUCUGUGAUCCCAGGUUUCCCGCGCUACUCUGUGAUCGGCGACAGUAAAAACGGAGUGUUCAACCUGCGAGUUGUGAACGCUUCUCUGGAGGACGACGCCGAGUUCCAGUGUCAGGUCGGACCCGCGAACUUCCACAAGGCUAUCAGGGCGGACGCCCGGCUCUCCGUCAUAUCCCCUCCAUCCUCCAUUGAAAUGGUCAACCACACGGCCAAUUCAAAAAUAGAGAUACGAGAAAAUGAAGAGUUUCAGCUCGAGUGCCUUGUGAAGAACUCCAAACCUGCGGCGAAAAUAGUCUGGUACAGAGGACAGGUGGAGCUAAAACUGGACAAGAGAGUAGACAGAGUGAUAGAAGUAGAGACUCCGGGACAGAGAGCGAAGAGGUUUACAGUAAGUAGCAGAAUCACGCUGCAGCCGACUGCGGAGGACGACUACGCAGACUACACUUGCGCAGCCAAGCAUGAGGCCUUGCCUGAUGACAUGCCUCUGCGUACCACCGUACAACUCAGCGUAUUAUAUCCCCCUGGGUUGCCGUACAUUGAGGGAUACACGGAAGGAGAGACGAUCCGCCGAGGACAAACGGUGGAGUUGAUCUGUAGAUCUCGAGGAGGCAAUCCCCCGGCUCAGCUGAUCUGGUAUAAGAACGGUGAACAGAUCCGGAUGGCGUACAGAACAGCUGGUAGACUGUCUGAGAAUAUAUACACAUUCACUGCAGACUCCAGCGACAACAAGGCAAAGUAUAGGUGUGACGCCUCCAACGUGAUGAAUCCAAGCCCACUCAAAGCCGAGGUUACGCUCACUGUUCUAUUCGCACCAGCCCAUGUGACGAUAUCAGGACCUACGGAGGCUCGCGUGGGAGACGUUGUACCACUCACCUGCGUGACGGCCGGUAGCAAUCCUCCGGCAGACAUCAAGUGGCUGAUUGGUGGAAAGAGUGUUCGCAACGCUACGCAACGUAACGCUGUAGCUCCUGAGGGAGGCUGGAUAACCAUGUCUAACACUACAGCCGUGGUGGACACCGACAAGAGAGCUCUGGUGGUGAUCUGCCACGGACUCAAUAUGCAACUCAGCGAGAACAUUGUCAGCACACAUACCAUCAAUGUGCUGUAUCCCCCUGGACCUCCCAUCAUCAGUGGCUACACCAAGGGAAACCACAUUGCAGCAGGAACUGUGCAGAAGAUAUCCUGUAUAUCCUCAGGGGGAAAUCCUCUAGCCACCAUCACUUGGUACAAGAAUGACAAGAAGAUCCAGUCAGUGACCAAAGUGACAGAUCGCUCGGUCUCGGCCGAGGUUACAAUCCUCACGAAUGUGACGGACAACGAGGCAGUGUACAAGUGUGAAGCUGCCAACUCCGCCACCGAGAUCCCUCUCUUUGAGACAGUCACUCUCAGCGUCUUUUUCCCGCCAGACCAUGUGAGGAUAAGAAGGGAACCGGAAGAGCUUCGGGCCGGAACCACUGCAACUUUGACAUGUGAUGCGGCAUCCAGCAAUCCUCCAGCACAGAUGACGUGGUGGCGCGACGGUAUACCGAUAUCUGAGGGAAUCACAAACUCCUCCAAACCUGGUCUGCAUAGGGGAACAUUCUCCAGCAUGCAAUUGAAGCUCAACAUCACCCCAGAGAUGGACGGACAAGUCUAUACGUGUCAAGCUAUGAACCUUGCGCUGCAGAGGAGCGUGCAUGAUGCUGUAACCAUGAACAUUCUAUACAAGCCCGUGUUCAAUGAGCUGCCAGAGAGGGAGCUGUCAGGUGUGGAGGGUGACAGUUUAUUGGUCGCACCACAAGCCACAGGCCGGCCCUCCACCAUCAGCUAUACCUGGACCAAGGACAAGGCCCCGCUGAGCCCCGGGCCCCAUCUACACGUGGAGGGCCCCUUGCUCAACUUCACCCGUCUCAACAGGUCCGACGCAGGGGUAUACACUUGUGAAGCUGUCAACAGUGAGGGAGCCACAUCAGUUUCCAUCACCAUAUCUGUACAAUAUCCAGCAACCGUGGUGGCAGUCAGUGACAAAGUAGUGGUGGGGGAAGAUGAAGUAGCGCAGCUGUGGUGCCAUGUGGAAGGGCAUCCCUUGUCUGGUGUACACGUCACAUGGAAACGAGACAACUACAACAUCGCAGGAAGAACAGAGAUGUCGUUCAAGAACAAUACUUCGUACCUCAUCAUCAACCAUCCAACCAAGGAGGACAUUGGAACGUUCUACUGUGUGGCGAACAACGGACUUAGCAACCAAACUUCCAAAGAUGCUUUUCUCAUUGUCAAACACAAACCAGAGAUGGAUCUUGCCCCACAUCUAGCCAAAGCUGCCAGCAACAGUGGCGACACUGGUAGACUGGUGUGUCGUGGUAGUGGCGCACCUGCUCUGAAUUUUACCUGGCGGAGAAAUGGAGAAGCAAUACCAUUGGAAACUCCGCAGAAAUACACCUUCGAGUACAACACGAUUGACGAAGUGACUUACGAGUCCGUCCUGUCUGUUCGAAACGUGGAACUCUCUGACUAUGGAAGGUACGAGUGUCUGGCGAGGAACGAAUUAGGGUUCGCCACGUCUGAGGUGAAGCUCUCCGUGACUUCGGCACCAGAGCCUCCGUACAACCUGCAAGUGUUGAACAUCACUCAUGACUCUGUAACCCUACAAUGGACUCCUGGGUUUGACGGUGGUCUGCCAGCAUCUUACAGGAUACGCUACAAACCUCUGCAACAACCCAAUACUAACUACCACUAUGAGGACACGGGUAAUGCCACUACCUGGGUAGUCCGUGGUCUACAGCUGGGCACAGAAUAUCGCUUCAGUGUGAUGGCGUCCAACCACCUCGGCAUCAGCAAGUACAUGCCUGACACCUUCAAAGUCACUACCUCGAGUGUAGCUCCGCUCUCUGUGGCCUCGCGGGGCAAAGACGGGGCUCCAGCGGGGGCCAACAUGGUGCUGGUGGUGGGUGCCGUAGUUGGGGCUACUCUUCUGCUUGUCAAUGUACUCCUGGGUGCUUGCUGUCUGCGGAGACGAGCGGCCAAGCGAGUCACAGGCGUGAGUGAGCAGAGUAGCAGCAAGUCAGCCACAAUAGAGAUGUACGCUCCGAGCAGUUACAACGAGACCGUGACAGGAGAAACGUUGAGCUCCGUCAGUGAGAAGAGCGAGAGUUACUCGGAUAGCAAUGCUGAGUAUACGGAGGACUCUAGGAAAGCUGCUGCCAGUACCUACUUGAUAGAACAGAUUGAGUAUCCGUUCCAAUACCCAGGCUACGAGAUGCAACAUCAGAUCAAGGAGGCGGAGACCAUUGGGCUUCACCGCAACGCUUACGCAACCCACAAUGGCCAGUCCAUCGAUUAUGGUGGGCAGCCCAUGGACCCGUCGGCGUACUACAAUGUUUCCCCCGACCCCCGCUACGUGGCGUACCCCCCACCAGUGCAGUUCGCCCAGCCCCCCCUUCGUACCCCCGUCCCCCCACCUGACGUGACGGUGCUCAGCGCCCCGCCUCCACUACUCUCCACCUUCAGUUAUGCCAACUCCAUCGAGACAGAGGGGCACCUCGUGUGACACAUGACCACUGUUCGUUGACCACGGCAAUACUGAGGGGAUCGAAGAAUCUGCGAUUUUUACUUGUAAGUUUUUCGUCCCAAACUAUCCCGUCGUUUGAUCACCAUACUAUCACAAUGAUAAUCUAGAUAUCUGAGGUUUUUGGAAACGAUCUAAUUCACUCUGGAUACUUUGCAUUUUUUUGUAAACUAGAACAUCCAAAGUGAUCCAAAAUCCUCCGAUUCAUCCAUCAACUUUUCUAUAUUGAUGAUAACUCAACGUAAUUAAUUCAGAUAAAUAUUUGUUGGGUUACUACAAUCCUUUUAUAUUUUGUUUGAAGAUAUAAUGUAUUCAAUGGUGUUGUUCUUUUGAGAUAAAACAUUUUCCAGUAGUAAUGUUCUUACUGCUAGAAAAGUUAACAGUACAAUAAAAAUCAAAAUGAUUUGAUAAUUCUGGACCUACUGGUCUUCAACCCAAAUUUUACUUCAUCCACCUUCAAAGCCAUGUACAUAUCAAAUCAUCUGAACUCAUUCUCUCUCUAGCAACUUGAAUAGUUUAAAGUUUAACAAAUUUUCAAACCUCCCUCAUAUAAACUUAAUGUAAAAAGCAGAUUCGUCUUCCAAAGCCCCUAGUGUUGUCGCGACAACGUAGAAAUGUGCUGUGAGGACUCAUUUAGAGCCACAUUUGGUCAUCGUUGUGACAGUGUUGCCAAAAUAUAUUUUCUACAACCGAGAGUGGUGUAUUGAACACGGACUAGUCGAAGUGAAUCGUACCAAAGUAGUGUACAUAGGACUCGAUACAUACAACAGCUCAAUCCCAUUUUUAUACUCGAUUACACAAUCUAUUGUUAAGGAUAUUCCAAAAUUAUUCUUUUUAAGUGUAAUACAUGAAAAUUUCAUUCCAUCAGUUGUAUGUAUGUCUGUGGUACCAAAGUGGACAAUUUUGUAGUCUUUUUCCACUAUAAUACUCAGUGUGAUUUUCGAUGUAAGCUUCUUUUUCAAUGUUAUUUCUUAGGUAUCGAUUUGUGUGUUUUCCUACGUAUUUUAAGUGGUUUCUUUGUGUGAUGUUAAGUUUGCUUAAGUUUUUUGAACAAAAUGAUCAACAGUAUUUUUUAUAAUAUCAGGUAUGUAAUGAAAGUUAAUUACAUAGUUAAAUUUGUUUGGUUAUAGUUAGUUUAGUUACUCUUUACUACAUUUACAAUAUAGUUUACAAAGAUGUUUUUAAAAAUUACAACGGUAUAUAGUUUAGUAAAAAAAAGAUUAUUGAUUAUUUCUGAACGUAUAGUUGUUACAGAACGUGCCAAAUCGCGAGGAUGAUAUUUUCAUGUAUUAUUAUAAGAACAAUAAGCAAGAACUGUGUACUCUCAAUCACGUUGUGAUCUAAUGUAUGUUCAGUAAGUGUAUUGAUCUCAUGUUAUCUUAGACAAGAUUCGUCCGCAGCCUCCCAGGCACAAUGAACAGUUCUGGCACCGAGCGGUAUUUCCUUUCUUAUUGUAAAAUAGCUGUUUGUUUUUGUUAUUUGACAUGCCGCUCUCCAGGACUGUGUAUGUAUGUACAUAAGCUGUAGUCUAGUUGGACGCUCAGUGGGAAGGUGGACGGCCUAUGUAAAAAUAUUUUUAAUAAAGAAACAUAUUUUGUCACAAAAAUUACAUACCCGCAUUCAGUUAUAACGUUGCCUUGUGUUUACUGGAUCCUGAGAGAGUUUUCUGUAAUUAUUUGUGUAUGUAGAAGUCUGAUAAGCAUUUAGUUAAAGGUGACUUUAUUUAUGACGUCCUUGUAAAAAUGUAAUUUUAUUUGUAUCAUAGAACUGUACAUUUUCUCUUUUAUACUGUCACAAAAUACUUUUUGUUCACAAAUUCUUGGGAGUAAGUAAUUAUUUUAUCGACCUUGUAUAAUAUGUAUAAGACUGGCAUUAUGUAUCGAUAUUAUUCGUUAGUUAUUAUCGUUUGCUGUCUUAUAUCCGUUUUUACAUAGACGGUUAUGUAAUUUCAAAAUUGUAGACCUACUAUUGUAAACUAAUAAUGUUUAUAAGUUUAAUGAAAUGUUUCCGAUGUUGAUUGUUAAUCUAUUUUUAAAAGUUUGUUAUAUCUCGGAGUCGAAACAAUAAUCGUCGAGUUUUCUAGGAGGCUGUUCAGAAGGUUCUCGUGUUUAUUUGUAGCUAGAUCAUGCUAUAUUUUGUACGCUACACCCCGGUAUCAAUGUUACUUUACCCAAGCUAAGUGUUGAUUACCAGGUUACGAUUAAUCAGUGGUUUCUCAUUCCAAAUCGUAUUCGUAUUUACAAUAAUGUGCAUUAUGUUGAUAAAUAAAGUUGAUUUUUAAUUUUUAA